UCGCGUUGGGCUGAUUGGUGUGAGCGUGAGUGCUGCAUUUUUCCUGCUCGCUGACUGGUACACCAUGGUGCCUGUGCCUGGCCGCUCCGAACGUAAAAUGUUUCCCGAUGCCUUAGUUUCGGUGUGACGCCUUCGUUCGACAGACGUUGAGUCCGCGAAGCCUACGGUACGACGGUGCGACGACACAGCGCGUUCGAAGCCACUUCCUUUCCCGUUAGGGCGUGUGUGUGUGUGUAGUUCGGUCGGAGUUUAGUGGAACACAAUAAGCGGAAGUCGGUCGCCCUUUGCUACCUUCCGUAGUGCGGGCGAUGGGUGAUUGUGCCAAGGGCCCGUGCCCCGCGAGAUGAAGAUGACGGUGCGCACAGCUGGCCGCGGGCGAGUGUUGACAGGUGCGGAUGUGAUCGGAAAUCGCCGUCCCUGACCAGCCAGAAGCAGAAGUGUCAUGUGGUAAGGCGAAAGUAGGAUGUGGGUGCGUGUGCACUAGUGCGUUUGCGUGUAGUCGCAAGGUUAGACGUGCAGUUAGAAAAGUGAAAUCGCAACCUCUCUGCUAAUAAGUGCAAACGCAACUUUGUUGUAAGCAACGGAAUGUGGAAGUGAGUGUGCCUGCAGUUGGGGUGUUUGUGUUUAUAUGUUUGUGUCUAUGAGUUUGAUGUGCUUUUGGGUGAGAAUGUGUGUGGGGGAAAUAUUGAAACGCGUGAGAGCAAAAAUAGCUUAAUCGAAAGAGUGAGAAGCGCACAGCAUCUGGAAAGCGGAUCAAAGGGAUGGCAAGUGUUUUCAGCAAGUGUAAAUGCGUGAAAAAAUAGAUAGAUUUCAUAGAAACGGAAACGAAACGGUUGUGUGCAUUGCAAAUGGGAGCCUGUUCGAAGUGCGAGGUACGAAACAAGAACGAGCGCUUAAAUGACUCAUCAAAAGAGAUUAUGGUGCUUCAACAUGCGACGACAUUUAAUCAUUGAAUAUUGCAUUAGCUUACCAUUGAAAGACGUAAUGAAAAGCAUCAUGUUCAACGCAGUUCGCAGAAAUACAGCGACCCUAGUAAUGCUAGUAACAGCAUUGCAUACAACAGCAAUAAAAUGGAAUGGAAAUGGAGUUGAAGGUUAACGUUAAAUCUGAAAAAUAAUAUUCUUAACAGAAAUCUCGAGUGAUUGAAAGUAACGUUUAAAAAAAGUCUGUUUUGCAUUUGUUACUUGAAAACGUUUGAACAUAUAAGAGCUAAUCAACUUCACAAUAGACUUCUGUGACUAAGCAACAGAAAUGGUUGUGACAAAACAGGCUGAUCAUACUCGUGCCAUCAGGCACCGUUGGCAAGCUGGCGAAGAGUGAUUUGAAAAUCGUGUGAAUGUCUACCAAAGUGUGCUGGCUGAUGAGAAAGUUUGGUUCGAUUCAGUGAGUUUAAGCAAAGUUCAGUGCAUUCGACGUGGAGGAUGGAAGAGAGUGUGUUUUUUUCAUCGAAAACUUUCACUACGACAAAAAGUAUCACACAGUACCAUGCUACUUCCGGGCUGUUCAAACCUUGCCGUAUUGGUGAAUUGAAGUGUGCAGGGCACUUUUUGCGCGCGGCUAUUUUAGGUUAUUUUUUUUAUAGGUUUGCCUUUCUUUUGAAGUGAUGUGUAAUGUUACGGGUGCUUCUUGGUGUUGCAAGAAAGCAGCGGAAGGUUGAGCCGGUGAUACCGCUUCGGUUCAAAGUUAUAAAUUAGCUUCCAUCCGGGCAAGUUGAUCGAUGAAUUUGUGGCACAGCAGUGGAGCUUUUGCUAGAGAGUAAGCACCCGGUUACAACAGCUGCAGCAUCGAAAUUACGUUUCAUGUGCGACGGGGUGUCUGCAAAAGAGCGCAGAGCGAGUGCAAAAGAGAGUCUGGCAAGAUUGUCGACAAACGGGGAGAAAACAUUUCCUAAAAGCAUUUUGAGGUACAACUUUUAUGCGGCAGGUAACGAAUGCUGGAGUUCAAACAGCUGUGACGUAACGGCACCAUCUGCUUUAGAUAAGCAGCCUCAGCAACACAAGUUGCAGCAGUCACAAAAAAGAAUUCACCCCGCACACUCACACGGCAUGGUUUGCACAGUUCCGAGUGCAGGACAAAGUUGAGGCAAAAGGAAACGAAAAUAAACUUAUACGGUUGUCAUUAUGGAGUCCUCAGCGUUGCUUCAGUUAGGUGGACUGUUGCUAUUGUUCAUCGUCCAGUACACUGCAAGUGUAAAAGAUGUUCCUGUCGUGGCGAUGGAGGCGCUGGUUGGCGAAACAAUCUAUCUCCCGUGCAACGUCAGCACACACGAGCCGGGUGACAAUGUCGUACUGGUGCUCUGGUAUCGGGAAGAUAAAGGAUCGCCCAUAUACAGUGCUGAUACACGUGGACGGGAAGUGGGAUCGGCGAAACGCUGGUCGGACGACUCCAUGUUUGGUGAUCGAGCCUACUUCCAGUUCGAAAAGGAACCGGGUGAACUGGCGGUGCAAAAUGUACGCGAAACCGACAGCGGCAUGUAUCGAUGUCGUGUGGAUUUUAUCGUAGCACAGACUAGAAACAGUGUUGUAAAUCUCACAAUUAUAGUCCCCCCGGAGCGGAUGGUGAUACGUGAUCAGCUCGGCAUGGAGCGCACGACGGUGGCUGGACCGUACAGCGAAGGGGACAACAUCAAGCUGCGCUGUGACGUGUACGGUGGGCGACCAACACCAACCGUGACCUGGUACCGGGACGGCGUGGCAAUGGUGGCCGACACCAAGUACAUGCCACUCGGGAAGCACCUUCGCAGCGAGAUUGCGCUCGGGCCACUCACCCGCCAGGACCUGCACACCAAGCUCGUCUGCCGGGCGAGUAACCAUGCCCGGGCGAAUCCGGUGGAGCAGUCCGUCCAGAUCGAUAUGAAUUUUGCUCCACUAAACAUAAGACUGAUCGGCGCCCAUCAGCCCUUGUCGGCCGGCCGAAGAUAUGACCUUCUGUGCCAAAGUGCUGGUUCACGGCCAGCAGCUUCCAUCACCUGGUUUUUGGACGGUGUGCGGCUGGACAAAAGCAAAGAAACCACGUCGGCCGACGGCAACCAAACCACAAGCACACUGUCCAUCGUGCUGAACCGAACCGAUGCGGGCAAAUAUUUGUCGUGCAAGGCGUACAACACGUACGUGCAGUCGGACGCCCUCGAGGAUGGCUGGCAGCUGGACAUUCAGUACGUUCCGGACGCGUCCGUCAGACUCGGCAGCUCCCUGGAUCCGGACGCGAUCCGGGAGGGUACCGACGUUUACUUCGACUGCAUCGUCAAGGCUCACCCGGCCGUCUACAAGGUCGAAUGGAAGCACAAUAACAAAACGCUAACACGCAACAUAUCGCAGGGUGUCAUCGUUAGCAAGCACUCGCUCGUUCUGCAGGGCGUCUCUCGAACCACGGCCGGCAACUACACCUGCGUCGGCUUCAACGCCGAGGGCGAAGGCAGCAGUCCCACGUUCGAGCUCAAUGUGAUGUAUGCACCGACCUGUGCACCCAACCAGCCGCGGGUGUACGGUGUAGCCAAACAGGAGAAUGCCGAGAUACGCUGCGUCGUCGACGCUAAUCCACCGGAUGUGGAGUUCAAGUGGACGUUUAAUAAUUCAGCCGAAAGCAUCGACGUACAGGCGAGCCACAUUUCAAGACUAGGCACAUCAUCGAUCGUAUCGUACACGCCAAUGACCGAGCUGGACUACGGUACGCUGCUCUGCUCGGCGACCAACAAGAUCGGCAAGCAACGACAGCCGUGCGUUUUCCACAUCAUUGCUGCAGGUCGCCCAGAUCAAGUGCACAACUGCACUGUAGCGAACGUGUCCAUGACGUCGCUCGCCGUGCGUUGCUACGAAGGGUUCAACGGUGGGUUAGCUCAAUCUUUCUUUCUCGAGCUACGCGACAGCCAUUCGCAGGAGAUGCGCUUCAACAAUACAUCACCCGUACCUCGGUUUACCGUACCGAACCUGCAUCCAAGCGCCGUCUACCAGCUGGCCGUGUACGCCUUCAACUCCAAGGGUCGAUCGGAACCGUACGUAAUGAGUGCCGCCACCCAGCGACUGCCCGAGAAGCAAAUGAAGGACUCUGAAAAGGUGGAGCGGCCACGAUCUCCACUCCCCCUUACGCCAACCCUGUCCAUUGCGAUCGGGCUGGCUGCGGCUGUGCUUAUUGGCAGCUGUGCCAUUGUGUUGGCGCUCAAGUUUCCGUGCGGCGCGAGUGGCCGGCGGAACAAGGAAACGGCUCAGGGAACCACCGUACGGACGUCGUCACCCGGACCGAGCGACAAGAGUGUCGCCAGCAAGGAGUACGAUGGCAACGAGAGCGACGAGAAGAACCCGGACGUUAUUCCGGACACUAUCGAUUCGGACGAUCAGAUGGAGUACAUUAAGCGAAGGCAACACAUAUCGACCAUUGACACAAACAGCCCGAGCAGGUUGCUGCUGACGACAACUGCCCCGAACCAAACCUUCAUCGGUUCGUCGAUGGCGGCCGCUCUGCAUGCAAACCACUCCUCCACCCUUGGGUACUGCACGCUCCGCAACGGCACCCCGCAGGCAUCGAACUCCAUCACGAACGUGUCGAUGUGCCACAUGCCCUCGACCUUCACGACGGCCUCACACACCACCUGCACCCUACCCCGGCAUCCGGUGACGGCUGGCACUGGUGCAGUAGGCCCGGGCCCGCUCACCCCGAACGCACACCACUGGCCGUCGUACGGUGGAACGAUUGCUGGCGUCCGCAACAUUACCGCCAUCUCCGUGACCAGCAACCAGGGAUCGCCGGCACCUCCCCCACCAUCGGCCAUCGCGAUGCAGCACCUCGGCCCGACGGCCCGGACGCGAGUGUGCAUCGGUCUGCCCGAGGACGAAGUGUCCGCCGAUACGCCCCUCAUGAUGAAACGCGAAAGCACCGUAUGACUAUAGGAGUCUCACAGGGUCGGUGAUACGGCCCUGUGAGAGUUUGCCGCGGUGUCUCCGUUCCUCACGCGAAGGGGUAGUAAGUUCGGGAAGGUGUAGCUUCCAGCAUUUCGACCGUGAUGGCACCGGCAGAGUCAAUCUAACUGUGCGGUCCAGCGGCUUUGCUUCCAAUGGAAGCCAUCACUACCGCACUGGACUGGACGGGUGCUGAAGAAGAGAGCGGGUGAAAGACCAAACGUCAGCUGCCACCAGAAUCCCAGCUGCUAUGGCACACCGACACAGCUGUUGUGCUUUUGUUCGUUUGGCGUUCAUUAAAACCGUUGUAUCAUUUUGUGAUAUGAAUACGCUGUGAAUAGUAGUCGUGUCCUUGCUGUGAGCAGAUCAAUGAGGGGGUAAGUAUAGUGGCGUUGAGAUUGUUGGUCCCGGGCGGUGCAGCAGACCAAAAGUCACACAAAAAAGUAACAAUCCAGCACAGGUAAGGGAAGUAUAGUCACAGUUCCAUCUGCACCUGCAAUAGGGAGUGAGAAAGAGAGACACAAAUGGCCAAAGGGAUACAGAAAAAAAAAAAAACAUUAGUGAGCUUUUUUCCAAUGCAACUGAGUGCAAUCGACCUACGAUUUGGUUCUGUAAAUAGAUGUAAAUAGUCAAACUCAAGCUCAAGUCACUAUAGGAAGAGAAAUAUGUCACAUUACGCAUCUCCUCACCUGCAGCAGAUUCAUCUCAAUAGUGAAAAAUUAUUAAAUCGUUUUUGAGCAAAUAACACGAUGCAACUAGAGGUGAUCUGUACCAACGUAAGCGAAAGAUGAUCAUAAAAGCAAGCAACUUUGAACUAACUUUAGACACAUACAUCACAAAACGAAAUUAAACAGUACACAAAAGGAAACCCCCUGUAUGCUAUUAAGCAAAUUAGACCCAACUCAACAUACUAGCUAGCGAAUAAUAAAGCCCCAAACUCAGUCAAAUCUAACUCGAGCUCCCCGUUCCCGAGAGCUGCCAGGCAAGGGAAUCGAUUGUCAACGUGAAGGAACACUACCUAGUAGGAUGGGACACAGGCAUGAAGCUACGAUGUGAGCGCAUUGCACCAAACCACACACCUCCGAUUGUGCCACCCAUGCGAGUGGUUAUCUAUUUUUUUUCUCCAGCGAUCUUACCAUGUUCGAUAAAUUGGAUAAGCACGUCUCUAGGUGGCUCGUCCUAUGGGGGAAAUGCUUGCCCGAAUCGGUACACGUUGCUGCUGGCGGUGUGCUGCUUACCGACGAGCACCUUGCUUAUCACAGUGGCUGUACUUUGGCUAUAUCUUGAUAACAACGGGAAAUGGGAGGAACGAAAGACGCUUCGGUAGUCUUUCCGUUGCAUAACGACGACGACACACCAGUACACAGUGCAUACCGGUGCGCCAGAACGACGGAGUGAUUGAUGACGUUAAAAAUGGCAUUUUUUGCUGCUGUUGUUGUUGUUGUUGCUAUAUAUCUCCCUUGUACUAUUGGAAAAGACUUCGAUGUAAGGCCAAUGUCGGAAGCCACUAUCUUGCGGGUGUAAUAUGAAGCUCGUUUUAGCUCGAACUUCCCUGCCCGUUACAGCUGUCAACACAAUCGAUGAUGGAUGUUUUCUUCUUUUUUUUUGCUUCUUCCACCGUUUUACCGAGCUGGGUUGUGCUGGAUGGGGAAAUUGGAUUUUCACCUACGGAAUACAGUGUAUUGAUGGUAUAAUUUUUUGUAAUUUAUUCGCUUUCAACAGUUGUAGCUUUUAUGCAACGGUAUUUUUUAUUAUUUGCUUUUUAAAGUAUUAGAUUAUAAGGAAAACAUGAAAUGUCAAAAUUUUUGCUCUUGUGGUUUCCAUAACAGUACGAAACGUCAUUUUCCUACGUUGUUCUAUAACACUAAUUUUUCCUCAUUCGAGUAAACUUCUCGGCCACUCAAGGACACUCCAAAUGUAGUAUAAUUAUUUUUUAAAUUGAAAUUGCUAAAUAUUGCUGCAAACCAGUGAUCGCCAUGUACAGCAAUAGCACGUCACAGAAAUAUAUACCACGAUCAAAUGCAGGCACACAUCUCAUAAUCAGCUCAUCUGCCUUCGGCGUUCGCAGUAGGUCCUGGGAAGGAAGCGUACGAGUUUGAUUUGGUUUAAAAUUGAAUGUCACAGGACUGUAAAUAUGUAAAAUUACCUGCAAACACAACCAACCAAACCAGAUAGAGCAAAAAAAAAAAAUCACAAGUUAGUCGAUUGAUCAAAAUCAAAGGAAAAAUCGCCUCCGCACAUUGCGAGCACAGUGAGGGAAAACAAACAAAUCAAAAGUUAGAUUCUUUAUCUAGAUAUUAAUAUCAAUACGCGAGGUCUAAAGGGCUGGGCAUAAAAUGACAGGACACUGGAUCUGUGGACUCACUUCACACGGUGGAAAUGGGGAGUGUAUGGAGAACUGAGCAAAAUGUCCUACUAUAAGUAUUAUCGAUCGAUUAGUUACAAAAUGGAAACAAAACACUGCAGCAUGUUAAGGUUGAUAAGCGGUGUUGAAAUCCGGUCGAGUCGUUUUGAGAAUGUUUGAAAAUAUGAAAACGAAUCUUGAGCUCAGCACUCGCAGCUGUACGGUGCGAAGGUGCAAGGGAAAUUAUGAUUAUGAAUUGCAGUUGUAAAUAAAAUAGAUAAAUUUAUAAAACAUGAA